AUGAGCUGCUCCGCCGCGCUGCUGGGACUGAGGGGCGCCGCUGCCCCCCGGCUUCUGCGGGCAACAAGCAGCCGCCGCCGCUGGAGCAACCUGGGCGGCGGCUCCCGCGAGCCCCAGGCGGGCACGGCAGUGCGGGUGGGCUGCGCUGCGGGCUUCUGGGGAGACACGGCGGCCUCAGUUCCUCAGCUUCUCUAUGGAGGAAAACUGGAUUUUCUGGUUUUUGAUUAUCUUUCUGAAAUUACAAUGUCUCUGUUGACAGCUGCAAAAGCCAAAUCACCGGAUUUGGGUUACACUCCUGAUUUUGUGUUUACUGCAAUGGGUCCCUAUAUUAAGGACAUUCACAGGAAAGGUGUUCGUGUCAUUAGUAAUGCUGGUGGAAUGAAUCCACUUGCAUGUGCUGCUGGUCUUCAAGAAGUGGCAAAGAAAGCUGAUGUUGAUUUGAAAAUAGCUGUUGUUGCUGGAGAUGAUCUGAUGGGCGAGAAAGACAGCCUAAAAGGAGAUGGUAUCACAGAUAUGGAGAAUGGGAAGCCAUUUCCAGAGAAUAUUCACAGCAUGAAUGCAUAUCUUGGAGCAAGACCAAUAAGCAGGGCUCUUGACCUUGGAGCUGAUAUUGUUGUGACUGGUAGAUGUGUUGACAGUGGCAUUGUAUUGGGACCACUCAUUCAUUCUUUUGGCCGGAACAGGGAUGAGUUUGACUUACUAGCAGCUGGAAGUCUUGCAGGCCAUCUCAUUGAAUGUGGUGCUCAGUGUACAGGUGGAAUAUUCACAGACUGGCAUACUAUUCCAGACUGGCAUAACAUGGGGUUUCCCGUAGUAGAAUGUUCUUCUGAUGGAUGCUUUACUCUAUCCAAACCACCUGACACAGGAGGCCUAAUCUCUUUUGGCACGGUGGCUGAACAGUUGGUGUAUGAAAUUGGCAAUCCUCAGUGUUAUCUCUUACCAGAUGUCACAUGCGACUUUUCUCAAGUUUCCAUUACUGAAAUUCCAGGUAUUGAAGGUGGGGCAGUGAAAAUUCACGGAGCAAAAGGAUCAUAUCCUUCAACGUUUUAUAAGGUAAAUGCCACUUACCUGGAUGGUUUUAGAGCUACAGCUGUCUGCCCAGUGAUAGGGCCAAAGGCAGUGGAAAAGGGAAGACAAACUGCGGAAAGCAUUCUGAAAAGGACUCGCCUCAUUUUCAGUCAGCUUGGGUAUGAAGAUUACUGUGCAGUUAACAUACAGAUUUUAGGUUCUGAAGAUACAUAUGGACCCCAUGCUAAAAAGAAAAUAGGUGAUGGUCCACGGGAAGCUGUUAUCUGGCUUGCUGUACACCAUAAGCAGAAAAAGGCUGUGGAAAUCUUCUCCAGAGAGAUUGCACCAGCUGGAACUGGAAUGGCACCUGGUCUUAGUGCAGUUGUUGGAGGACGUCCAAGAGGGUCUCCAGUUCUGAAACCAUUUUUCUUCCUUUAUCCCAAAAGAAAUGUCAAGAUCAACAUCUUUUUGAAUGGACAACAUGUUGAAAUAUUUCAGGAAGAUCUUACAUUUACGUCAGAUGCAGUUGUUUCACUUGAGUCACCAAAGACUGAUGAUGAGUUAAGAGAUCUGCCAUGUGGUCCACAUACAUAUCGUUUAGAAGAUCUUGCUUAUACUAGAAGUGGAGACAAAGGCAACUCUGCAAAUAUAGGUGUGAUAGCACGACAUCCCCUCUAUUAUCCAUACCUAAAGAAAACUUUAACUGCUCAGGCUCUGGAGGAUUAUUUCCAGCAUCUUUUAGAGAGAGAACAACCUGAAGAGAAGUUAGUCACAAGAUAUGAAUUGCCAGGAAUACACGGAUUAAACUUUGUACUGAAAAAUUCCCUUGGUGGUGGCGGUAUUGCAUCCUUAAGAAGUGACCCACAGGGCAAGGCAUUUGGACAGAUGUUACUGGAUUUCCAGAUAAAAAAUGUUCCAGAUUUAAAGUCCUUAAUAGAAUAAUGAUUUUGGGGUUCAUCUGUUUUUAAAACUCUGAAUACAAACAAACAAACUUGCUAAACAAAAACUAGCUUCUUGAGUCAAAUUCAAAAAACUGCAAACUAAAGUGGUGGUAAUAGAUCUCUUUCUCAGGCUUAACUGUAAGGCACAGAAAAGUGAAUAUUUUGAAUAUUACCAGACAAGUAGCUUUGUCUGAGACUAAUAGCAUUUCCUGUCUAGUUAGUACGUUGGAUAAAGAGUUAAUUUAUUUCCUGUAAAAUAUAAUAAAGCAAUAAAAUAAAAAAUAACAAUUUUACCAUGAGAUAACCGCACUCCCAAAAUGAAAACUGCCUUUUGAUCCAGUCCUCUUCUCCGUCCUUCUUUAGAACUCUUAAUAAUUAAGAAUAAUAAUAUUGUUGAACUCUUAACUGCUCCAGUCCACCACCUUCAGUCUGCGUUGUGACCUUGCACAGUAUAUCCCUUACGUAUACAGAACAGUCAGAUAACUUGGUGUUCGUCUAUUGAAAAAAUCACCAUUUACCAACAACUGUCAAACUGUGGUAGCUGAGGUCAGUUUUUCCCUCUAAUUAGGGCAGUAUAUAGCUGCAGUAACUGUGUGGUGACUAAUGGUGAAUAUUGACUUUGAAUGGUGACUACUAUACUUCAGGGUAUUCUGCAGUCAGUGAGAGAAAGCUGAGUGUUUCCUAUCCCCAACUUCUCUCAUUGCCUAUAACCCUUAUGAAUAGCACUGAAGUAAUUACAAAAUGGAGCUCUUGUCAUGUGGAUUAUUUUGAAGAAGAAAAAACGCUAACAGCCAGAUUCGAUGCCCCACUCUCUCUUGUGUGGUGCUACAAAAGGGAUGGAAUCUGGUCUUAUCACCUCUGUUGGAGAUUCCCCUAGUCCACAGGAGUUCCCAGCAGAUGCUGAGUCAGUUUAGCUGUCCCUUGCACCACCCUUCUCCACAACCCUGGGGGCAGAAAGAGGCAUGUCUGAUAUGCACUGUAUUCCGUCUAUCCUCAGCUUCCCAAAAGUACACUGACCUAUUCUGCAUCAGAGCUGGUGCCAAUCAGUGAAUUAGAGAGUUGUAUCCAGCUCCCUGAAAAGAAACUCAGCCUAAUAGAGAUUCAGGCCUGAUAAUUCUCAGUAUCUCCCACCACAGCAGAAAGAUAUGUAUGUUUGGGAGUUUUUAAAUCUCUUAGUGGACAAUGUUUCAAUACUUUUAUAGUCAGAAAUGUGUGUGUUCCUUUAUUUUCAGAAGAGUUUUAUUAACUUUUAGUGCUGAUAAAAUUGAGACUGACUUUAAUAAUAGUGGUUACAACUAUGAAUGAUGUAUAGGUGCUUUAUAAGCCUCAUCAGAAAUCUUUGGCAGUGCCUCUGAGCUCUAAUCUGUUCUAUCACUGUUCUCCAUUUGCUAGCCUAUCAUUAGCAAGGAUUGUAACUGAAUUUUUCCAGUUUGCAUUGUGGUUUUGUCCACUUGAGGACUAUGUUGAGAACAUCAUGUGUGGAAUCUUGACCCUAUUAAAGUUAAUGCCAAAACUCACAUGGAAUUUGAUGGGGCCAGAAUUUCACCUGUGUUCUUUUCCCUUGUGACCUAAACGGAAUGUAAGAAGAUAAUAUACUAAUUACUGUAGUAUUAUUUGUACAUUAUUAAGUCAGAUUGUAAAGGCAAAAAUGGGAAGACCAGGGCUUUGUCACAGAAAAAUAUGGAAA